GUUUAAGAAACUUCAUUUUUAAAUUAAUUGAAAAAUAUCUUGAAAAAAAUCAUAUUCAAAUGAAAACACUAAAUAUAAAAUAAAUCAUUAAGAGAAAAAUAACAGAUGAAGAAUCAUUAAGUAUUAACUUAGAUGAACUUAAAGAUGAGUAAAUAGAUAUUCUAGUAUCAAAGCUAGCAUAAUUCAUCAACCUAAACUCUUUGGAAUUGAUUUCAAACAUUAAAUAAAUGAUUAUACUAGAUAAAAUAUUAUAAAAAAUGUCAUAGAUAAAGUAGCUGAGAGUAUAUUUAGAUUCUACUUAUUUAUUUCUAAGCUCCUAAGACUAUUCUCAAGACAAAAUUGAAACCUGCUUUAGAAAAUUUUCAAAUUUAACUGAUUUAGAUUUUAAUAUUAGUUUUAGUGAACUUUAACCUCAAAACCUUAAAAAUUUAUUUGAUGAUUUGAAAUAAUGUCAUAUGUUAGUUAGUUUAAAAUUAAACUUGAGAAAAUAAUUGAGUUUAAAUGAACAAAAUAUACAUGACUUAGGUACUUUGAUUGGAUCUUUAACUAAUCUCUAAAGACUCAAUGUUAGCUUAUGGGAUAAUAACAUUUCGCGAUAAUGUUUUACUCAUUUAGCCUAAGGAAUUUAUCAAGGUGGAAUUAAUCUUACAAAUAUAACUUUCAAUUUAGAAUUCACAUUUAUAAAUGAUGAUAUUUUAGCUGAGUUAGGAAUAGCUUUUUCAAAGUGUAGCAACCUUAAAUCGCUUUCCAUAGACUUAAAAUUUAACUAAAUAAAGUCAAUUGGUUUGUCAUAGUUUGUUCAUAGCUUAUCAAAAUGUCUUAAUUUGACUUAAUUAGAGCUUGACUUUGGUUGGAAUAAAUUUAGAAAUUUAGGUGCUCAUCAUCUUACUUCUAAAUUAAAUAGCUUGAUCAGCUUAAAAUAUUUGUAUCUCAGCAUUAUGUCUUGUGAAAUUGAUAAUAAAGGAAUGCUUGAAAUUAGUAAUAGAUUGAGGGAAUGCACUCAGUUAAAUUUGAUCAAAAUUUGUAUACUUGGAAAUGGGGACUUUGCAAUUAAGAAAGAAGCCAAAGAUUUUUACAAUAAACUCAAGCAUAUUCCUUAUUUAAUUUCGAUUUUAUGAACUAUGAAUCAAAAUUUAUAAUAAAUGAGAACAAAUAAUUCAUACAUUUGCAAUGUAUUUUAAAUAAUACAUGUAUGUGAUUGAUUGUAAAUUCUACUUAAAAAAUAAUAAUUGUAAUUUAUUUUUAUCAUUGUAAAAAUUAUAAAUCAAUCAAUCAAUCAAUAAAUAUCCUAAAAAUUAAUAAA